UGCCAUACAAACAUUGGGACUGAUCAGAGGUUUCUGUAAACCCUAUUCUUCUGUAUAUAUUAUUAUUUUUUCUCAAUAUGUUUGUUUUUUACUUGUUGCAUUAAUAAAACAUUUGCCAUUGCUGCCCAUUUAUCGAUGGUCUUUUGAGGUUUAAUGGGUGACUUUUAUUUUGAAAUGCACUAAGACCGGAAACUGAUCAACCGUUCAAUCCGCGUUCACGUCACAACACAGUAACUGAAGGGACUUUGGCAAAAUAAACGAAUUAAUUAUAUUAGUCUCCUUUUUUAAUACACAUUUUAAUGAUAUAUCGAAGGGAUAUAAGUAUGUCGCGUGAACUCUCUAUCCAGAAACAACUGCUCACAAUAAUGGACAGUUUAGUCUCAUCUAUAGUGACAGAAAUUUGUCAACUUGAUAUUUUUCAGUCAAAAUGUCAAAAUGGAAACACAGAAACUGAUAUUAAAUUGAAAAAUCUGACAGAUGCAAUAAGGAAAAUAAUAAACUCAACAGCUGAACACAUCUGCACAAUCCUUCAUAACGCAUCAACUGGACGAAUAAAAAAUGCCAAAGAUGAGGAACAUGUCAAAGAAGGAAACCAUGAAGACAUCACCUCAGGAAUCCAGGAUUGCACCACAUUUGGUGAAGAUCUUCCUCAGACUGUUGAAGGCAAGCCUGAGUUUACAUUUGAAGAAGCCUUUGGCCAUGAAGAGGAACAAGCAGAGUGUCAAUCUCCUUCUCUUGACGAUUCAGUAAAGCCCAGUGAAUCUUUAGACCAUCAACGAGAAGAACCAAACCAAUCAAACUCCAAAGACACAUCGGUCCAGUUGAACAUACCCGACAUUAUCGGCACAGGAUCGGAUGUAACCACAGACACCACUGAAGAAGUGCAGCUGAAUGCAGAUGAGCACACAUGCAGAACCUGUGGGAAAACCUUCACCUUCCUCAGUAACUUGAGGAGACACCAGCAGAAGCUCCACAGUGGAGAAACUCCUCACGCUUGCCAAGAGUGUGGCGAGCACUUCGCCCACCGACGCCUCCUCCAAAUCCACCGGAGGAUCCACAAGGUGGAGAAACCUCACGAAUGCGAGCUCUGCGAGAAGACGUUUCGCUUGCCAAACCACUUGAGGAAUCACAUGACGAGUCACGGUGACGAGAGACCGUUCACCUGUUCCACAUGUGGCAAGAGCUUCACGCUGAAGAGCAUCCUCAGAUCUCACGAGCGAACACACGGCGGCGAGAAGAGGUUUGUGUGCCUGCAGUGCGGUUCCCGGUUCCUCACCAAAUCUUACCUGGAUUACCACCAGCGGGUUCACACCGGAGAAAAGCCGUUCCCGUGCAAACACUGCGGGAAGAGCUUCGCUCAGAAGGGGAACCUCAAGGCACACGAAAGACUGCACACGGGCGAGCAACCCUUCAGGUGCGAGGACUGCGGGAAAACCUUCGUACACUCGAACACGUUCAAAUCCCACAAGCAGCUCCACACGGGAGUCAGAGCCUUCUGCUGCGAGCUCUGCGGGAAGGGCUUUCGGCGAGGAACGCACCUCAAGACGCAUCUACUCACGCAUUCUGGAGACAAACCGUUCAGUUGCGACGUAUGUGAGAAGACUUUCACUCUCAAGGGCUCUUUGAAGACCCACAAGCUCACUCAUACGGGACAGAAGGGUUACGCGUGUGACGUCUGCAAUAAGAGCUUUACUCAGGCCAGUUCGCUGGGGAAACACCGACGGGUUCACACCGGAGAGAAGCCGCAUCGCUGCCGGACCUGCGGCAGGGCUUUCUCUCAGAGCAGCCACCGUAACCUCCACUCGAAGGUUUGUCGCGCUAACUCGAGCGUGUCGGAGAGCUAACCAGUGUGCCUUUCUUGAGUAAACCCAACUGUGCACAAUUACUUUAGUCGAAAAAGCUCGUCUAAUUUUCAUCGAUGAACUGCAAUUUCUAGUUUCUGGAUAGGAUCAUUAGGGGGAAUCUACGAAACUUCUAGGAAUGAGCGAGGAGGAGAUACAAAAAAGCUAAAUCUUUACCAAAAAAGGAUUUAAUAAUGUAUUCAUGUGUAUCUGAAUGCAUCCUGAAGACAAACUGACUUUAGGACCCAGAGGAUCUGCUCAUUUGCUCCAUGUGGAGCUGUAAGGCCAUCUAGUGGCAAGAGUUAUGUAUAGCGUGUUAUAUUAUUAUUUUCCACAAGAGGUCGGCAAAGACACCCGUUGUAAGAUAUUUUGAGUUGAAUUAAAAGGGUUAUGUGUGAAA